CUUCUUGUUACUUUCUUCUCAUUCUUUUGACCAAAAACAAAUCCUUUAAUUAGGCUCUUUAAUUUCCUCUUCUAUUUUCUUUGCUGCCUUUUUGAAGUGUUUUUGGUUGUCUCCUCGUUAAACCCAGUUGCGCAUAACCAUCUCCAGGAAAUCAAAUCAAACUGUAGACGCUUUAUAAGAUCCGAAUUCAAUCAGAGAACGAAUAGAGAUCAAGAAAACAAAAAAUGGGUUUCAAAGAUGAGGAGAAGAAAGCUGAAGAGUAUUCAGAAGAGCCAAAGGGACAAGGGCUAAGCAGGAAAAACAGCCAUAGCUCUAUGUGUCCAACAGAUGAUGAUGAGGAAGAGGAAGACAAGAAACUUGAACUUGGUCCCAUGAUUGCUCUCAAAGAACAGCUCGAGAAAGACAAGGAUGAUGAAAGCUUGAGGAGAUGGAAGGAGCAACUUCUAGGCAGCGUGGAUCUUGAGGAGGUCGGAGAGACUCCGGAUCCGGUGGUAAAGAUAUUGACAUUAACAAUUAGGUCACCGGACAGAGAAGACAUGGUAUUAAAGAUCCCCGAAAAUGGAAAACCAACAUCGAAAGGACCAUGGUUCACUCUCAAAGAAGGCUCGAAGUACACUCUCAUAUUUACUUUCCGUGUCACCAACAACAUUGUGUCCGGCCUCCGGUACAGCAAUACGGUUUGGAAAACCGGAAUCAAAGUGUAUAGUAGAAAGGAGAUGCUAGGGACGUAUAGUCCACAGGCGGAACCGUACGAUCAUGUCAUGUUUGAGGAAACGGCUCCCUCUGGUUUGCUUGUUAGAGGCUCCUAUUCCGUUAAAUCUAAGUUCGUGGAUGAUGAUAAUAAAUGCUACUUGGAGAACAACUACACCUUCGACAUUCGCAAGAACUGGGUGUGAUCCAUUAUAAUUUACUGGAAGAAGAGAACAAAUUUAUAUAUUAUUAAUCAAAUUUUUUUUCAACUUAUUAUUUGCUCUUUAAUUUAAAUUCUUUCAUAAGUUCAUAUUUGUUAAAUAUAUAUAGUUCUUCAAUAAUAUAUUUUUUAAUGAUUCGUCAUCUCACUUGAUAUAGACAAUUUGCUUGUUUGGCUUUCUGUAAGUUACUAUUUUCAGAUUAUAUUUUAUUUUGCA